AAUGGUACGACGCAUGCACUGCGAUAUUGAUCGCAAUGCAUGCUCCAAUAACGAUGCUUGGAAGUGCCUUCUUUCUACGUCGAGUGACCGAGUAUUCACCAAGUACUGAGGUGUGCAGCCUGACUCACCUGCUACCUCAGCCUCAAGUUCAGGCAUCCAGCGAAGAGAGUCAUUUAUUCAACCCAAAGGUCGCGGGCAUAGCUGUUCUCUUCAUUCAUUCAAACGUCCAUCGAGCACCACUGCUACAGCAUACUGAGUCUCUUGUCACUUGGACAUUCAACGUCAACUUCGAAAAGGACAGAACUUGCGCGGCUUUAAAACCCCAAUUGCUGACGGAGUAUGAAUUCUCGUACCGAAUCUGGGAAUACACUGUGCUGAAAACAUGGAGCAAACACCAGGAGGGAUACUGCUUGCGAUUCCCGCAGAGAUUCGGAACAGUAUUUAUCAGCUGCUCCUUGCCAGCAAUGAGCCCAUACCAGUCCGCACUCCGCGCCAAAGAACUUUCCGGGGUAUGUUAAUUUUACCAUUGUUUCGUCGGGUAUGUUCAUCUUCAUACCCGACGAUUCCGGAUGUUCUUUGGGAGCUGCUUGCCAAACAAGAUAUGUUUCAGCUCUUCGAAUACGCUCUUCAGCUCGUAGAUUUGGUCAAAAAUGUUUACUGAUGGUUUGUAGAACUCUCAUUUUCGAACACGAGUAGUAGUAUAUUGUACGUUAAUAAGAAGAUUCAUGACGAGGCCAUCAAGAUAUUUUUUCAGUACAAUACUUUUGUCGUUGGCAACGGCAC